AUGACAGUGGGAUCGAAGCGCUCAGUGUCCGUCACCACUGACCCCUGCGAUAACUCAGAUCACUUCAUCUUCAACGCUGAUGUUAUGAGAUAUCAUGACAAUCUCUUUAGCUCCUCUGAGCCAGUUCAGGGAGUCGGAGAGGAGACUCUUGCUCCUCUCAUGACCAGUUGCGCAUUCACGAAGGGUUCUCAAACUAGUCAAGAGAAAAAGACGGCCCAUCAGUUUGGCCUGUUAGCGAGAGCCAUAGAAGGAAGUCCCUCUGUCGUGAUCGAAGACCCUCGUGUGUUCUAUAAUAUUACUCCUCCCUCAAGCACAUUCAUAUGUGGUUCCCAGGGUUCCGGGAAGAGCCAUACAUUGUCUUGCAUAUUGGAAAGCUGCUUGAUUCCAUCCAAAGCCGGGCAGUUGCCAAAUCCCCUGACAGGGAUCGUAUUUCAUUACGAUACUUUCAUCAGUGACACGAUGGGAUCGCCUUGUGAAGCAGCCUUUUUAUCCUCACACCCCGAUAUUGAAGUGCGAGUCUUAUGUGCUCCAACAAAUCUCCAUGCCAUCAAGGGAGCCUAUUCGAGAUUAAAUAUCGCGGUAUCUGCUUUAGAGAUUGAUCAAAGAAAUCUCAAUACGAAGCGAAUGCUAGAUCUCAUGGCAGUGGGACAGGAUGAUGGCCCCAUGCCGCUCUACAUGCAUACCGUCAAACGUAUUCUCCGGGAAAUGCGUAUGGAGCAGCAGGCAGCGCAUACGGGAUUUGACUACCGUACCUUCAAGAACAAAGUACUAGACUCGAAUUUGACCCCUGCCCAGCUCGAGCCAUUGAAGCAACGGCUGGAGAUGUUAGAGAGUUUCAUGCCUCAGUUGCAGACUCUACCUAUUUCUGGCAAGAACAAAGCUGCCUCCGAAGGCAUUGACUGGAAGCCGAAGGUUAGUGUCGAAGAUUUUCUGUAUAACGGAGCUUCGUUAGCAUGA